AUGUCUUUUAAAAUCAUUACCCUCAGGUGGUACCAUGAUGGAGUAUUAAUUCCUGGUAACUUUGCUCGUUAUGUGGGUGGUAGUCAAACAUUGACUUUAGAUGUAGAUGUGGAUUUACUGUCUCUUAUUGAACUGAUGAACUACACUAGGAUCUAUGACUUUCAAAAUGUGGCUAAGUUGUAUAUUUGUCCAAUGGAUAGGACAGAUAAAUUGGUAAAUAUUCUCACAGACAAGGAUAUUUUAGACAUUUGUAAUGAAUUGGAAGAUAGGGAUACCUUAGAUAUUUAUAUGACUCAUGCUGCCCCUUUAUGUGUUGUUGACAUAAAUGAGGCUAGUAAAGGGGUUGAACAAGAGAGUGGAGUAGAUAGUGAAUCAGACUUUGAUAAUAGUGAAGGUGAGGAUGACAAUGAGAAUGAUUCAGACUUUGACAAUAGUAAUAGUGAUGAGAGUGAUGGAGUAGAUUUACAUGUUCCUGAUGAUAAGGAUUAUGGAUCUGAUGUUCAUGAAGAAUUUGUAGAGUGUAGGGAUGAACUGAGUAAGUAUAGGAGGAAAAGGAGUGAAAGGCCAGAAGAUAAAGGUGAUAUUAGCUUAGGUGAUGCAGGAGUUGAUAUUGGUUUUGAUGAAUUAAGAACUGGUAGCAAGCAAGAUAGGUACACAGGCUUAGUAGGGGCAGAUGAGCCUUACUUUGGGUCUUCAGAUGCUGAAAGUUUUCCUUCAGAUGCUGAAGAUGAAUUUGAUGAAGAACAUAAGAAGAAAAUGGCUGCCAAGAGGAGGAAGAAAACCCUGAUAUUUGAUGUCAAGAAAAUAACCUUGGAGUUGGGGCUGAUUUUUUAG